AUGGAAGGGGCCUGGAGUUACCAACCGGCUUCUCCAAGAGGAGAAGGGUUGCACACACAAGGACAUCACCAAAUGGAAACGUAUCGUCGUGGGUGUUGUAAACAACCAGUUCCAUGCUCCCAAAGAAGAGGCGUUACCAGCCAGCUUCUCCAAAAGGAGAAGGGUUGCACACACGAGGGCGUCACCAAAUGGAAACGAAUCGUCUUCACGAUUCCUCUUCCUAAAGAUAUGCAUGACUACUUUUCAUCAGCUCCUUUCACAACCUGCACGUUCAUCGAGUUUCUGCGCCAGCUCGAUUUAGAACAGAAACUAAAGAAUACUGAACAGAGGUCAAUUCACGGAAAUUACAUGAAAAUCCUGAAUUCAUUGAGCAUAGACCAAGCUAUACCACAAUUUGCUCGGGAUCAUGCAAAAAAGCUGAUGAAAGAGCUAUCUACCAAGGAAGUCGCUUCAUUUUGGGAUUCGAUAGUAGAACGUGAAAAACAUCGUGCCGCCGAGGAACAUGAUUACAAAGUGCAAGAAGAAUAUAAGGUAGACGAAGAAUUAUUGGAAGCUUCUACAGAGAAAAAGCGAAAAAACGAGGAUGACAUCGAAUCGACACCACCCACAAAAAAGUCCAGGUCAGAUUAUGAAUCUUAUACACCAUCUUCAUCUGAAAUGGAGAAAUUACCUUCGCUAAUAACUGAUUUGGCUUAUAAUGAUGAAGAUGAUGAAAUUAUGAUUAUAAAGGAUAAUAGAGAUCUUGAAGGAGAUUUUUUUAUAGAAGGAUGUAAUAUUUCAAAAUUAUUUCGACAAUAUAAAAAUAAAUCAAUUAAUCUUGCCAAUUCUGGUGGUUUAUAUGCUGAGACAAACGUUCACGAAAUUUUAGCUUUGACUUCAAUAUUCAUGCUUACGCCAAAUUCUCAUUCCGAAAUGAUGAUUAAUAUCUUUGAAUUAGAUGCAGAAUGUGAAUCUAAAUUUAGGAGAAUAAUAAAGCAAUCAAUCAAUGAUUCACGAGACAGUACUAUUAAAUCCUCAAUAGCAUACUUAGCAGAAAAUAAUUCAAAGGAAAAUCUAGGAUUUGUAAUUUUAGAAGAGUUGAGAUUAUUACCUAAUUUGAAAUUAAAAAGUCAACCAAGCGAAAUGUCAUUAAUUACUAACUAUCUGGACUAUAUAAUGAAAGAAUUACUUCAUGAGCCUGACAAGCAUAGAGUUGAGUGGCCGAAUACAGGUCUCAAAGAAAGUAGAGCGAGAAAAUUGGAAGGCAGUGCUAGACAACCCGAUUUCAUAGUAUCGGCAAUUAAUCAAUUAGAAACAAGCGGAACAUUAUUUGUAGGAGAAGUAACGUCCCCUACUGAAAAAGAAAAUGUACACAAAAACUGCAAUGAUUUAAUCCGCGUUGGUGUUUUGAUGAAGGAAUGCAUCGAUUCAGCCAUAGAUAAAGGUGCAGAUGUUAAGCUUUUGGGAUUUCAAUGUAUCGAAUAUACAAUUGAUUUUUACGCAAUGGAACUUAGUGCACCGGAAACUUUUCUGACAGUACGAGAUAUUUUUCGAGAAUCAUUUGUUAAUUUUUAUGAUAAAUUAUGUAACUCAAAAGAACAAUCAACAAAAGUUCCAUUUAAAUGUGAGACUUUAUCUACGCCAAGUUUCAAUCAACUUGUUAGCAAUACGCAUAAUGUCAAAAGAAAAUGCUCUUUCUGGUUUGGAAGGUUUUAG